AUGGACCCAGGACGUUGUGCCUGGAUGGGGGCCAUCUUGGCGGCCACGGCGGCGACGAGAGCUGGACGACUGGACGACUGGACGACUGCACCACUGGACGACUGCACCACUGGACGACUGCACCACUGCUGUCCGCGCCGGUACAAAGGUACCACGAGCGAACGUGGCCAGCGACGUCUGAAGAAGGCCGGCGAUGGCGAGAGGGUGGCUAGCGGCGGUCAGUACCGAGUCACAGCGCGCAGCCGCGCCAGGUCGAACAGUAAUGAGGGUAUUUGCUUCUGCUAUCUAUGUAGCCGCUGUGUCAACACCAUGUGGCGAGCAGCGCUUCCGCGUGCGACUCCCGGGAGCAACCACGCUGCCGGCAGGGAAUCGACACGCUGCGACGCGCCAGCCUUGACGCGCGGGCGGGCAAGCCGUAAGCUGAGCCGGCAGGGCAUGCUUGACACCCGUCCCGUUGCACCACGCGAGCCUGUCAUCGCACCAAGACUGCCAUCACCACCAUGGAUUAGACUCGUCCAUGCUCCUUCAGCCCUAGCAGGCCCUCACAGAACUCAAAGCCAGCCUCCUGUCGCGUCCUCGACGAAUCACCGCCACCCAAAGCCAACUCUUGCCUCUAUUGGCCACCGCUCCCCAGCCUUUGUCCAACGCGCAAGCAAGAGAAGUGCGCCGACAGAGGCACCGCAGAAGCAGAGAAUCGUCGCCGAGAAGAGAACAGAUCGCCCAAACCCAACCACAGCCACCUAACCAUGCAAACAAAAGGGGAAUUAUGCCAACGCCAGAGAGCAGAAAACGCAUACCGUAGAUUUGUCACUCGUGUCAAUGCGAGGGUGCAACUGACCCACGUGGACGGCACUGAGCUUGGAAACAUAGACCCGUCCGUUCGGUCCUCGUCGCCCGCAUCAACUUAGAGACCCAGCCAGCCAUCGGAGGAGCUCGGUCCCAGGGGCCUUCUUGCUUCGGGCAUCAAGACACCUUGACCUCCCCCCAAUAGUCGCACUGGUGGCGCAGCAGCGUAGAAUCGGGUGUCAAUCCCUGUCUACAUCGCGUCCUCGGAGCCGAGAAUGCCAUCCCGAGACAU